GUGUUUGUUUUCCGGUAAUGACAGUAUUUGCAUCGCUAACUUGCUUAGCGCAUCCAAGCCGAAGAGACGGGGGGGGAACCGACACAAUUGAAGAAAUGACCAGCGAGAACGUGGACUAAACAUGGCCCACAACGCAGGCCAGUUCUUACACGCUCUGGAAAGAUCCGAGGCCGGCGGAGACGGCGGCUACAAGCACAAGUGGAGCUUCCCGUCGGGCGCCGGCGGAAAAGAUGAGGACGAGCACUACUCCGGCGUGAUGACCGCGCAGGAGACGGAGCGGCAAGCCUCGGUGGCCUCGGAUGGAAACGAGUCUCCGUCUUUUAGGCACUUCACCUCCGCCGACCCCCUGAGGACGUAUGAAAAGCGCCCGAGCAACGUCGGCAGGCACAAAAGGCUCAGCUUGGUUCCGUCCUCCAUCGCCGUAAGCGACUACUUCAUCGUCAGCCCCGCCCCUUCGCAAAGACUCGUCCUGCAGGGCCGCCAUUUUCAGCACGCGCACGUGACCUCUGCCCUCGGGAAGCCCGACCAAAGGAACGGGUCGAGCGGCGGCACGCGGCAGGCGACGGAGGUGGACAACGUGGUGCUGACGUGCGCCGACGAGCCAGACGCCGAGAGCGCCGACCCGAAAGGCCCGGUCCAGCAGAAGAGGAAAGCGUUGGAGACGGCGCCCGUCUACCAGACGGCGUGCGGCAAGUGCCGCGAGCCCUGCGAGGACGCCAGCGAGUGUCGCCACUGCGGGAACAGUCCGGCGUGUCUGCCCCGUCAGCGGGCGCCCUCUCUCUUGCCCCCGUUGCCUCGAGCCCCCCUGCGAUCUCAGCCCUGCAGCUUCUACAAGGGCUCCCCCGGCGGCGGCGGCGGCGGGCCCGCCCGCGCGGACGCCCCCCCGCCCGCCGACCUGGCGGGCGCCAACGGUCGAUCCCCUCCGCCGGCCAGCGCGUCUUGCUGCUACGCCACUCGCAAGUCACCCAGAGGGAGGCGGGCGCCGGCGGCCCAGCAGCGUGAGCUCGACCACCCCAUCGUCUUGUCCAGCGACGACGAGGCCAACGACGGCAGCGCGGCGAGCGCGGGCCGACUGGACGGCGGCUCGCCGCAGCCCGCCGACUCCGCGCACUCGUCGCCGGCGCCCUGCGGCGGCCGAGUGGAGGCGGCGGUGAAAAGCGGCGGCGAGCCGGACGAUCCGAGCGCCGACUUCUUUGACGACGUCAACAUGAAGUUUGUCAUACCGCGCCGAAGCAGAAUGAAGGACCAGUUCGGAAAGCAGCCCAGUUCUCCCAGAAGCAAACGUUCCAAAGUGGAGCCGGGCAAGUGUGCCAGCAUCAUCCUGCAGUGUCGUAGCGUCCGCGUGGGCACGCUACGCAGGAUGGUCACCAAGCCCGUGGUGUUUUCCGUGGAGCACAUCCUGCUGGAAACGGAAGGGCCAGAGCCGAACACGGUGGAGAAGGUGUGCCUGCGGGCCUCGGAGCUCAUCAGCUGCGAGUGGUGCAGCGUACGCAAGCUGCCCGUCUUGUUCUUCCAGACCACGCCCGACGAAUGCGUCCGGCUGCGGGCGCAGCUCAACAUGACGCGGCGCUGCGCCGGCCAGUGGUACGACUGUGCCGGACAACAGUCGGACGAGAAGUACGUGGUGCUCAUCUUCGUGGAUGGCCUGGACAUGAAGGAGCAGAUGAUCCUGGAGGACAUCUUAAGCGAGAUCGGCCAGAGCAACAACCUCGACAACUUUCCCGCCAAGUUGCCCUUUGACGAGGCCAACACGCGCCUGGUCAACUUCAACAAGGCCACCAAGCAGAAGCAGGAUAAGUUGAAGGGCAUCCAGGCCACGUCUCGGCGCUCGCCGCCCACCGGGACCCUCGACGCCGCCGCCUUCUUUGACCGCGAGCAGCAGGACGUGGCCGACCUUCAGCCCACCUUCUCCGGGCCCGUGGUCAAGCUGAUGGUGUACCCGCCUCCUCCGGCCAAAGGGGGCAUUUUGGUCACCAACGAGGACCUCCACUGCCUUAACGACGGAGAGUUCCUGAACGAUGUGAUCAUAGAUUUUUAUUUAAAAUAUUUAGUUUUGGAGAAAUUGAAGGAGGAGGACGCCCAAAGAAUCCACGUGUUCAGCUCCUUCUUCUACAAGCGUCUGACCCAAAGGGAGAAGGGGAGCGUUCCCGACCGCAGCAACAACCUUCCGAUUCACAAACGCAAGCACAACAGGGUCAAGACGUGGACGCGGCACGUGGACCUGUUCGACAAGGACUUCAUCUUUGUUCCCAUCAACGAGUCGGCUCACUGGUACCUGGCGGUCAUCUGCUUCCCGGGCGCCGACCCCCCGCCGGAGGAGCUCCCGGAGCACUGCCGCCCGCUGUCCCCGGACACGGACGUGCUGGACCCCGCCGCCGCCGCCGGGCGUAGCCCCCCUCGGGAUCCUCCGCCGCAAGAGGCCUUCCCGGAACGGCACGCGCUGGCCCCCGCCCCCGGGCACCCUGAGCCGCACUACACAAACGAGUUGCAGCAAAUCGGCGUGCGUUACGCAGACGAAGAUGGCGCCUUGACGUCUGACGAGCAGAGCUCGAGUCAGGACGAAGGCAGCGACGACGGCGGGGCGCCGCCCGAAGACGCCUCGCGCUCGGCUCCGAACCGCGACGCGUCUCGGGCCUUCGAAGCCCACCGCGGCAAACGGUCCUGUAUCCUGAUCAUGGACUCCCUGCGCGGUCCUGCCAGGUCCACGGUGGUCAAAACCCUGAGAGAGUACCUGGAGGUGGAGUGGGAAGUGCGCAAAGGCAGCCGGCGCACGUUUGGAAAAGACGUGAUGAAAGGUUCCAGUCCUCGGGUGCCUCAGCAGGACAACUUCAGCGACUGCGGCAUUUACGUCCUGCAGUACGUCGAGAGCUUCUUCGAGAAUCCCAUCGUCAACUUCCAACUGCCCAUCAACCUGUCCGAGUGGUUUCCUCAGCAGAGAAUGAGGAGCAAACGGCAGGAGAUCAGCGGCCUCAUCUUGCGCAUCCAAGCCCAACAGGAAGCCGACAAGGGGCGGGUCGAGCGGCCGGAGGCCUCCUCGGAAGAGGCGGACGUCGAGGAGACUUGCGGCUCCGUCGCUGUCCGGGCCAAGCCUCCCCUCACCCCAUGAACUCGAUAGCCCCGGCGGGGCGACUUGAUUGUACGCCGUUGUUAUGCUUCUCGGUCUCCCUCCGCCAACACCUUUUACUUUGUAUGAAUAAAAAUCCAGCGUUACUGUU